GGGUACUGCCCCCGGCAAGCCGACCGAUCCGUCGCAGGAACGCACCAACGCUUGCAACUGUGUUGAUGGCAGUGGCGGCGGUGGCGGCGGUGGCGACGAUGACGAUGAAUCGGAUGGUGGCUGCCAGCUGCCCCCAAUCAGUCCCACCUUACCGGGACAGCUGCACCGUGGCAGCAGCCACACCUUUCGGUCAGAGCGUGACGAUGGUCCGAUCCAUGGCACAUCGUAUGGCACCAUCGGGGGCAGCCUGACCAAAUCGCAGAGCACCGGCGGUGGUGGUUAUGGGCGCGUGCACUGCAGUGUGAUGGGCAAGAUCAAGGAUCGCCCCGGUGUGCCAGUCUAAUGCACGAUGGAAUUGUGCUCACGAGGCCCACUGUGGCCUCACGCGAGCGAUACCCCUUUGGUACUAACCGCAACGAAACGCUUUACUCAACGAUCAACGUGAUGUGCCCGGGAUAUUGAAAUAGCGUUUUACGCAAUAAUAUCGCAAUCCCAUCCCCUCGUUCCAUUUUCCAUUAUCCUAGUCCAGCAUACCACCCAUUCACCCAUCCAGCCGUGCCGAGGGUAGGUAGGCUGGCUAGCGCUUCUAGCAGCGAAUGUCUUCCAGAAUGUGAUUUUGUCUCGCCUCCUCCAACGCUCGCACUUACCUUAACGUCCUCAGAUGGGCGUAGUACGGGCGGCCGGUAGCGGUGGCAGCUUAUCUCUCAACUUCGCUUCCUUUUUGUUUCUAUCUCUCUGUCUCUCGCUCUAUCACUCUCGAUGGUUGUUCAUGCGGUUGUUACGUUCAGUAAGUUCCAUUCGCGCCUCGCUCCCCUUGCGUUGCGGGAGUACCAGCGACCGAGGAGCCCGUUUUAAUGUUGAAAUAAAUUAAGAAACUAACCUGGUGACUACAAAAGGACACUAACGAAGCAGAGGCAUAAGAAACAUGCCUGUAUAGUUAAGAGUUACACAAAGGCAAAAGAAACAGAAACAGUAGAAAAAGAAGCAAGAACAAAAAAAAAACACAAAAAACCACUCAAACCACACUAGGCAAAACGCUAGGACAUGUAGGCGAAAGCGAAGAGUAGAUAUUUUAAAACAAACGACGCAUAAUACCUUUUUCUAAUAUCAAUUGCGCUCGGUAACUGCCAGAAAAGGGAAAACGGCUCCGGAAGGAGUUAGAUUGAACGCACGCAACGCAACGCACUAAACGUGUGAUGCGCGGCGAUUUGUUAACGCGCCAUUAGUACUCGAAGACGAUCGCGCGCGCCCACACAGGUACAUGCACACAUUUACACACUCCUUCGUGUACACAUAAACCCCUUUUUUGUACACCCGCGUUUAGAGCCGUGAGCGCGCUCACGUUGACGGACCACGGCGUCGUCAGUGGCGACGGCAGCCACCGAUCGAUCCGCCGGUAGUUUAAAGUAUAAACGGGAGAGCCAGCACAUUAGCGGCCCCCCCCCCCCCCCCCCCCCCGGCAGAAGCAUUAGGACUCAAAUACAUUCGAUAUUGCGUAGGAGAUUGUUUGCGUGUUUUUGGGGCUGCGCACCGUUCCUGAAAAGCGGGCCACCAACAAACGGCAAAUCACCGCCCGGAUGCGACCGGGGUCAGGGGUUUUAUGCUCUUUUAUGCUCUCCUAUCAUCAUCACCAAGCAACCAACGACUAGCAUGCGCUCCAAUCGAGCGAGAAAAACGGUCAAUUUUAUCGCACGCCAUCCGCCUGCCCCGGUGCCCCUUCUCUGCCCCAGGCGACCGGUCAUCCCCGUGUACCUCACAUCCACACGAAAAAAAGACAGACACACGCAGAGUCCAAAUCCUUGCGGGUGGCAAAAGAGGCUGUGGCAGAGGGGAGGGGGAGGGAGGGGGGCAGGAGCUGGAGUAUCGUUAGCCAUUCGUGUUCACCGGUUGUGCAAACGGGGGUUUAGUAGACGGUUGCAACAAUGCAGCGCGUUGGAGGACCAGUUCGGCAAUGCAAUGUUCCGUAAAAAUGGUAGUUUAGGCAUCCCGUAAUUAUAUACAUAUACAAGUACACAAAUAAACACACAUAUAUAUAUAUAUUUAGAAUUUGAGAAGAGAUUAAUUAGUUUCAGAAUUAGAAAUCGGAAGGGAGCUGGUAGGCAAAGGGAAACCGUAGCUCGUAGGGCACUACCUUUGAAGUAGUUCACCAAUUUUGGUUCACCGGGGCCGAACCGGGGCGGAGAGUGCGCGGUCACCAACUAUUUGGCUGUUAGAGCUCUUAACAAAUUGCGGGAACAAAACCAAUACCAAACCGUAAACGAAACAAACGGUGUACGGCGUGUGUUACACGAUGAUAAUAAUACCUUUUCCACCACUGACGACUACUAAGUCACUACUGUAGAUUAGGCAGACGGAAGAAGGGAGAAAGGGAAGAAGCACGACGACCGGGCUACUGAAGUUGAUUAGUAUCGCUACAAACACUCACCCACUUACACACCAACACACACACACACACACACACACACACGCGCAGGUCAUUGUACUUAUCAGCUUACAUCUCACCCACACGCCAAAAAAGGGGCUUACAAUCUUCCGGCUACCCUCGCCUCGGAGCAGAGCCACAACGAUUGCUGCUACCAUGCACGCCUCGCCGUUUCUUCGGGAAGGAAAGAAAAUGUACAACACACACCCGCACACACCUCCUCCUGUGUCUGUAAGAUUACUAAUAAAAAAAAAAAAGGAA